GAAGAGAGCGAGAGGCAGAAGGGGUUUUUGGCAAAUUGUUACAAAAAGAUGGAUUGAGGGAUAACGUUGCUAGGAGACCCUGACUUUUAUCCCGAAAUCCUACAGGAAUCCAGACUCACUGUGUGUGCGCACGUACCUCCUCCUCCCACUGCGUUUGUGUGUCCUCGCUCUUGCUCUUACUACAAAGCCAUGAGCAUCUCGCUCUUCGCUCUGCUCGAGUAGAGUUGAGGCUGAUUCCCCUGAAACGAACUACAGUCAACUCAGCUGUGCUUGGAGAAUGAAAAACGGAUAAUUCUUCAGCUUUUUGUUUUUUUUAAAUACAAAGCAUUUUAACGGGCAUACUUUUGUCAAGGUUAUAGAGCAAAUGCCGACUCCCACACAAGCAUGUUUCUUCUUUGAAUCAAGUUACUAUUCUUGCUUGAACUUCACUACGGGCGGUGGAACAAAGAGGUGAAAGCCAACUCAAGGAAAGGAAGCUGCAAGUACAAUGGAUUGUUUACUUUGGGGAAUUAGAAGACAUCUGUCUGCCUCUGAGCAUGAACUCAGCUCCUCGUAAACAGAUCACCAGAGCUGCCUGCAGGCUUGCUUACCUCGCAGCUUCUAUUCUCACACCACCGUCACAAUCAUCCCUCCUGCGCUGUCAAAAAUGUUCUCCGAAGAGCUGUGGAACUCAACCGAACAGGUCUGGAUCAACGGCUCCCAGGUGAACUUCUCUCUGGGAAGACGUGGGGGCGAUGACGAGGAGGAGGAAGGAGAUCAGCACCCCUUCCUCACAGACGCCUGGCUGGUCCCCCUCUUCUUCUCCCUCAUCAUGCUGGUCGGACUCGUGGGCAACUCUCUGGUUAUUUAUGUCAUUUCCAAACACAGGCAGAUGAGGACGGCAACUAAUUUCUACAUAGCAAACCUGGCUGCCACUGACAUCAUCUUCUUGGUGUGCUGUGUCCCCUUCACUGCCACCCUCUAUCCUCUCCCUGGAUGGAUCUUUGGCAACUUCAUGUGCAAAUUUGUUGCCUUUCUACAGCAGGUGACAGUCCAAGCCACCUGUAUCACUCUGACUGCCAUGAGUGGAGACCGCUGUUAUGUCACAGUCUACCCUCUGAAAUCCCUCCGCCACCGUACCCCGAGAGUAGCCAUGAUCGUCAGCAUCUGCAUAUGGAUCGGUUCCUUCAUCCUGUCUACCCCGAUUUUAAUGUACCAGCGUAUAGAGGAGGGUUACUGGUACGGUCCAAGGCAGUACUGCAUGGAGAGAUUUCCCUCUAAAACACAUGAGAGGGCUUUCAUCCUCUACCAAUUUAUUGCUGCCUACCUGCUGCCUGUUCUCACUAUCUCCUUCUGCUACACUCUGAUGGUGAAGAGGGUGGGUCAGCCCACUGUGGAACCAGUAGACAACAACUAUCAGGUCAACCUGCUGUCUGAGAGAACUAUAAGUAUCAGAAGCAAAGUCUCCAAGAUGGUGGUAGUGAUCGUCCUCCUCUUCGCCAUCUGUUGGGGACCCAUCCAAAUCUUCGUCCUCUUCCAGUCUUUCCAUCCAAACUACCGUGCGAACUACGCCACAUACAAGAUCAAGACGUGGGCCAACUGCAUGUCUUACGCCAACUCCUCAGUCAACCCCAUCGUUUAUGGUUUCAUGGGAGCCAGCUUCCAAAAGUCCUUCAAGAAAACCUUCCCCUUCCUGUUCAAGCACAAGAUCAGAGACAGCAGCAUGGCUUCAAGGACUGCCAACGCUGAAAUCAAAUUUGUUGCUGCAGAGGAAGGCAACAAUAAUAACGGAGUAAACUGAAUCAGACAAUAAAAAAUAGGAAGAAUGAGAUCGAUGUUUGUAUCCACAGUAACGAUAAGCGAAAGCCAUGGUCUUAAUAGAGCAACUGGCUGAUUUCAAAUGGACUAUGACUGUGGCAAUGUUUGGCAUACACAUUUUAUUUAUGUUAAUGAAUGCAAUUAAUUUGCAAAUUUAUGUGGGUAAACACUGACUCAUAAAACAGAUGGACACUAACUGUGUUUGGCACAAUGUGUUACCUUUUCCACUGCCAAAACCAGCUGUUGGUACAACAUGUCAUCCACUGAGCUGCUAAACACCUUGGCCUAAUAACAGAGUCCUUCAUACCUGAUGACAAAAGAGGAAAAUGUGGUCGAAAGCUGCAGGUGGGGAGUCCCAGUCCCUAUAAGAUCUGACAAGGUCUGCAGUUAUGGUGUGGACUGUCCAGCCUUUGUAGUGAACAUUGAAUGUACAUUUUGAAUGGACAGUUAAUACUCUAUGAACAGGUUUUUUUAAUUAUUUAUUUAUGUGGUUGACAUCUGUUGCUGUCACUAGUGAAAAGGGAAUAAUUCAAACUUUCAGUAUCUGUCAUCGUGGGAAAGGAACAGUUUCACAUUUUGGAAAUGUGCUUAUUGACUUAGUUAGAUGACAUGAUUAAUACCACAAAUAUGAAGCUAGAGCCAGGAGAUGAUUAGCUUAGCUUAGCACAAAGGGGAAACAGCUCGGCUGGCUCGCAUCAAAAAUACGCCUAUAGGAGCACAUCUGAAGCAUAAUAAUUAACCUGUAGCUUGCUUGUUUAAUGUGGUUCUUGUUCUCCAAGACAUAAUUACAACAAAUAACUCAUACACAGAAAACCACAAGGUAUCACUUUUACUUUUUGAUUUAUAUGAAUUAAUUAGUGAACUUUAGAGGUGCUGGAAGACAUAUUUUUGAACUUUGACAUGCUUUGAGUCUUUACGUAUGCUAAGCUGAGCUCAUUGCCUCUUAACUCCAGCUCCAUACAUGUGUUCUUGUCAUAUCAGAGUUAUUGUUAUUUGAGUUUCCAACAUGUAAACAGCACUCGUGUCAACUCUGAACUCUAAACUGAAAAACAGGCAAACAUGGAUACCUCACAUCAGCCAAGGUUUGUAGUUCAAUGUACUGCCAAAUAGGGGAGGGCGAUCUGGCAAAAAGAUCAUAUGACAGUCUUUUUGGGUGGAAUCCCAAUCCACGAUCUUAAUCAUGAUAAGCAUCCUGUUUCCGCUCUGGUUUUAUUGUCAAAGUCCUGAGUUAUGGUUUGUAUAGUUCUGUCGCUAUGAUGCUUCUUUUGGAUGUUUGUUUGCUCGCCAAAAUUCUUCGCCCACAAUGGUGUCUUCUCUUUACAAAUUGUAUCACAACCAAUCACAGACUUUUUUCUUAGUUCAUGUGGAGUAUUUGUUUGGACAGCACUUAUUUAUUUAUGACGUGCUAUAAGUGUUUUGUUUUGAAACUUCAGUCCAGCAGACUGCAGAUCUUGCACUGCAGCUGGUGGCAGUUGUUCUUGUUCUGCUCCUUUGGAAAACCUAGAAAUAGCACCUGGCAAUCUGUACGAUUCAUCUGAAAAAGAGAUCAUAUGCCAAUGAUCAUCCACAAUAUAAGAUCAGAUCUCCCACCCCUACUGCCAAAUUUAAAGGAUACACUGCCUUAUUGUCAAUUUAACCCUGACCAACUCUGUAAUUAUACAACAAUCUUGACUUGAUGAUGUGAAUGCUCACAAAACGUCUCCACCUCCAUCAUCAUCAUCACUCCCACAGGAUGUGAAUAUGGCAUUAAGGCACAGACCUGGGCAUGGUAUCGAUCUUCUUUUCUAACUCUAAGCAACAAAUCAUAUUUCUCAAAAUUUCAAACUAUUCCUUGAAAAAUAUGUCUGUAUCUUGAUUACUUGUUGGGUGACUCUGCAAGGUAAAGUACGUCUCCUUUUCAUACGCAGUUCCCAACCUAAACGCCUGAACAUAACACAACAAACAUCAGUGGUUGCAUUAAGGUUACUGUCAAAGUUCAAAUACCUCUCUAGUGUCUGCAAUGGAGACACUGACAGGAGCCUCCAUCCUUCUUCUUUAAUCACAUUCAACCAGCUGUGAAACGGUGAGCUCAGGGUAACACAGUGCUUUUCUCUUUGGAAAGAAUAAAACGAAACACAGCCUGCAUCCAGUUUCCAUGCUGCCAAACGUGAUGAGUGUGGGCUGGCUAAAGUAGGGGUUACGACCGGUGAAGCAUAGACAGUGUUUACCUUCUUUUGUGUCAGAUAUACAAACAUUCACGCCUUCCUCAAUACAAGUGCAUACACAAUCGCUCACAACUGUAGAAACAUGCACACACAUACACAGACACGCAUCAAGGUGUUGUUUAUUGUAAUCAGUUGUCACAUCUUCUCUGACAAACACCUUUGAAAAACACCCUCACCCCGUAUGGCCGGCGUCCUGUUGGAAGAGAACAUUUUUGAUUUUUACAAUAGAAAACAGCUUUAUGAUUGUUGAUAAAAUUAUAGAUCAGCUGCCAGCUCUCCACUUUUUAGACGCAGCCCUUUCUCUGUCCAUUUACAUGCUGACACACAAAAUCAGACUUCCAAUUAUGGCAUAAAGAAAGUCUGUUAAUGCAAUUCUCAUUUGCAUCGUAGAUUCUGUUGGUGAUCAGGGCUCCAUCUGAAUGACAUCAAAGUGUCUUGAAAGGAAAUCCAAGGUGCUUGUGGCUGCUAUAAUUAGCCAUAGAUUGGUAACAAAAAGGUUUUCAAGGACUGUUAUUAAUCAAGAAAACAUUUUAACAUAUUUUACUAACAAGUUGUUAAGUCUUCAGCAAUGGCCACCUUGAUGUAACUAAAUAUAAUGUAAUCUUACAUUGUUCAGUAGUACAUGAAUAAACCUGAAUAAAGCUCUAGCACAACAGAGUUUGCUUUUGCUCAAAAAAGUAAAUCGACUUCCAUUUCCUUAAAAUGAUUCUGAGUUGAUUGGAGAUGAUUAAACCUCAAUCUAUAAUUACAUUUUUAAGAAAAGCCAACAAAAAGAAGUGUCACUCAGUGUCAGCAGCAAAUUCAGCAUGAAAUAAAUGAUAUGGAAUAAAAGUUCUGAAGUGCUGCUGUUAAACAUGUUUGGACAUAUUUAAUUGAAUGCUAAUGACUGCUUGUUGCUUUUUAAUGUAUGCUAAUUGUGCUGCAUUUCCUCCACAUGGAGCAAUGUACUGUCCAUCCAUUUGGACCAAAGUCAUGAAUAAUAUGUAUGUUCUCUGAUUUACAUUAAGUAUUCUCUUGUAUCUACGCUUAUUCUGUCACUGUGACUCUGUUAUAUGUCUGUUCCUGAGUUCAGCUUUAACAUUCUUGUACAAUAAAAUACAGUUGCCAUUA